AAAAAUAACUCGCUGGGGGACCGUGCGCUAGCAUAGUCAAUCAAAAUAAAGCCCGUUUCGCUUCCUACGCUUUGGCCAUUUUCCAGCAACAUAGCGACGGGAUGCAUCGAGAUCGCCUGAUUUCCAGAUUUUUACAUUAUUUUACACAACUUUAUUGACUGGCAUAACUGAUGGUCUUCCAAAAUUGUCUAUCCUGAGGAAUCAACAUCAUCAGUAUUAAUAAAAAGAAAUAUAUUCCAAAAGAGACACAUAUUUUGCAACAUAUAUGACUACGCUUAUUUAUCGCGCUCUGGAGAAAACGGUCGUCUAUUGAUCGGGGAAUUUGUGAGUUGGUUAUGUCGCAAUAAAAUUACUCUUCUGUUGCUGAAUCAUACUUCCAAUUUCCAUUUAACUUAAUCGGGAACAAUCAAACAACUCGAAUCAACGCCCACUGAGGAGCAAUCGAGGAAAUAUUUGUUCUUUAGACGGUACUUUUCCUCUGCAAUAUCGACACAAAUCCUAUUAAGUGGCGAACUAUUAUGUAUCUCGGCUUGGGGCUUCCACCUACAAUGAAAAGAGAGGUAUACAGUGCAGUUAAUUUUGUGGCGAAACUACUACAGACCACCAACAGAAAUGUCGACCCUGGUCUAGUGGACAAUUUCAGCCGUGUUCUUGUGAACUGUCUCUGUGAGAGGUUCGACACUCACUGGUUUCCAGAAAAGCCCUUCAAAGGCAGUGCUUACAGGUGUGUGAGGAUCACCCAACUUGGUAUGGACCCUGUCCUAGUAAAAGCUGGCGAAGCAGUAGGCAUGUCCACCGAAGUACUCUACAACCUCCUCCCCCAUGAACUCACUGUGUGGAUUGAUCCUGCGGAGGUCUCCUACCGGAUUGGUGAGGAAGGUUCCAUCUGCGUACUGUAUGAUGGCAGCGACGAUGAAGAUUCAUCGUCUUCUUCGUCUUCAUCCAACAUGAGUGACUUAUCUUCGUCUCCUCCACAGUACUCUCAGGAACUCUUCAGCACAAGUGCAACUGAUUUUGACUUCAAUUUCAAUAGCCCGAUACCUGCCUUCCAUUGACAUCUCGACCUCAAGAACUUCCGAACAGACUUUCGGCGAUAGCAGUUAGCAACCACCUUGAAUACGAUGAAGGAAAUUGCAAAACUCAUUUAACCUACAGCAACAGACAUGCCUUCUAUAAUUCUAAACCAUUGGCUUUAGUUGUCUUUUCUUCGGUCUUAAGUUCCUUUAAGUUUGUGUUUUGAGCCACAUUCCUAGAUUUAUUUCAUAUUCCAAACAAGAUCAAACAUGUGUGAUGAAACAAACUACUGUGCAUUAGUAACAUAUUCUGUGUCAACUCGUUAAUGAAUUUAAAUUUAGUGUGUGUCAUGUUUUAAGUACAUAAUGUACUCCGUCCACUUCUGUUUACUCAUGGUUUCUGUUUUGGGGGAAGGGAGAGGGAAUUAAAGGAAAGUGCUGAAAUAAUGCUUGAUCUGAUUAUGUGCCUUGUUAGAAUUUUCACAUAAGUGUAAUACUGGUACUUUUUAGAUUGAAUGUCAGUGAAUUUUCAGAUUGGAAGAGAUUUGGGAUGUCAAUGUCAACAAAACAUCUUGUAAGGUCUUCUUUUGAUUUUGAGUACAAUUCACAUGGAACUGCAGUUUUGAGCUUCUAUUAAAUUCAAUGCCCAUCAAACGAAGUCCUGUAUUUUGGAAACUUCAUGCCAACAACAUUGAUUUAUACAGUCUAACUGUAUUUUGAAAUUGCCAUUCUCAUUCAUGAUAUAUACAAAAAGAAGUAAAAAAAGAAAAAAAAAUGUCAUUUGCCAGCUGGUCUUGCAUUUGUACAGAUUAUCUGAAAAAUAUAUAUUGAAUGUAGAUGGUAAUUUGUCAAUAUGUUGCUGAGGGACAGACAAUACCGUGUCUUCAUACAAGCUUAUCUUGAUCCAGAUGGCAAUUUGAACUAUGUGCAAGAACUCUGAACUUUCAUGUCACUACGUGCCUGUCAAGUGGUUUUAUGAACAAGAUCAGUAUUAAAGCAUAAAUAUGAGCAAGUUUUGGCUCUGGGUACAAUUUUUGUAAUAGCUUAGGUUGUCCUAUAAGUGGAAUGUUAUUUUAAUGUCUUAUUUGACACUCACUGACUUCGCAAUUUUUGUUUGGUAUAAUAAUAUAUCCAUGUACCUGUAUUAGGAAAAUGUGCCAUUUGUCAUACAUUUUUAAAUAGGUAAUGUGCAAUGCACUGGAUGUCAUUUUAUGAAUGCCCUCGUAAUUGAGAAUUGUAUCGAUCAACAAUUGAUCUGAUCAUAUUUUUAUCCAAUUGAUUGUAACUGUAAGACAAUUGCCCUUCUUCGAAUUUUUUUGCUUUUAUUUUGCCAAAGUGGAACAAUUGUACAUGGUACAUUGUAUUGGAUUGGCCAUUUAAGCAGCUGGACAUCAAUUGUUUUUAGUUUCUUAGGUUAUGACAUAUGUGUUCUGAAAUUAGUUUGACGAUUUCAGUUAUCACUUAUCAGUACUUCUCGACCAUCAAUAUCUUGUUAAUUUGAUAAUGUAUUCAAUGAUUUUAUUAACCUUCAAGGAACAGGACUACAUUAGUGUACAAACAAGGAAAUACAGAAAGUACAACGUUCAUGUACAUGUACUUAAUCUGUUUUAAGGACUGAUCUCCUAAAUAAUGCUAAUUUACAAUGUCUAAUUUUUGUUCAAGAAUAUAAUUAAAAAUAUGAAAUCUGAUUACAAGGUUUAAUUCAGUGUUAGAAAAGCCAACCAUACAUGACAUGUACAUGCAUUUGUUUGAAUUUUCAAUAAGGAGUUUUCUUCACUAGUAAAACCAAAGGAUGUUUACUCUUCAACCAUAUCCUGGUUUUAAUUGUUCCUGCCUGUUGGAAAAUGGAAUCUUUUGUGUCUCAAGUGCUCCAUAUUACAUUUUCCAUGGUGCCAAAGGAAAUGUUGUGGACACAAACCCAUUGGUCGACUUUUAGGGCUUAUUUUAAUUUAGUGGUGAAAUCUAACUGUUGUCAAAUUGUGAAUUCUGAGCAAGUUACAUUGUAGUACAUGUUUAUAUGGUGUGAAAUACACAAUCUUGGUGACUAUUGUAUUCUACAUACCCUUUGUACCCCAUUAUCUCUUUCUUUCUCUCUCUCUCUACACAAUGGAUAUGUGUGUGCCCCUCACUCCUAACCCCAAACAGGUAUUGCACCAUACACACUAAGUAUGCAGAUCUAGUUAUUUUGCUGCCCCCACCCCUUUCUCUUUCUGUAAAGAAUAGAUUUGUGUAUUCUCACCCGAAUUAUACCCCAAACAUCUUACUGUUGACACGAGUGUGGUAAUUGGCUAUUGCACCAUAUGUACUGAACAGACCUUGUUUUUCUGUGCCACCCCCCCCCCCCCCCUCUAUUCAGAGCCGCAUUGGAUUUUAGCUUCAUUAUACACUUGUCUUAUUUGAGCUCAAUCUUCAUGACUGCAUUUACAUCUAUAUUGAAAUAUGUUCAUUUUAUUUUAACAUGCACAAUCAUUUUUUUAUAUCAAAACAGUAAAAGACAUCUGAAAAAAAAUCACGCAUGUACCUUACGUUGUAUUCAAGUUGCUAUGGUGCUGUAAAUUGAGCGAGACUGAGGCAUUUUGACCUGAAUUUUUUCCUUGACUAUGACAUGAAGCAGUAAUAUGUAAUGUUUAACUGGACAUGUACUGUAUAUUUUGUAGAUCUUUAAGAUUUUUAUCCACCCUAUGGUUGGAGGAUCAUGAAAGGUCACAUGUAUUGUGCAAUGACGUGUUACUAUUAAAGUGAGAUUAAUGCGUGACCUAUAUUUUUUACAGUUCUGUAAUAAAAAUAGUUGGAUUUGUAUAUUGAAAAUGACCUUGUACAGAUUUGUGAAAAGAUGACUUUGUUUUUUGAAUGAAAAACUUCAAAUAAAAAAAGACUAUUUUGUUCAUGCAUCAGAA